AUGGACACAACAAAGCUAUUAUCUCUGUUAAGAACAAGCAUUAGCUCUAAGUCACUGUUAAAAGGCAAACUAAUCCACCAAAAAGUAGUCACUUUAGGCCUCCAAAACAACAUAGCCUUGUGCAAAAACCUCAUCAACUUCUAUUUCUCUUGCCACUACUAUCACUAUGCCAAGCUUAUUUUCAAAACCUUAGAAUAUUCGUUAGACCUUUCUUUAUGGAAUGGCCUCAUGGCUGCUUAUGCUAAAAACUAUAUGUUCAUUGAAGCCCUUGAGGUUUUUGAUAGGUUAGUGCUGCAUCCAAUUUUGAAACCCGAUAGUUACACAUACCCAAGUGUGUUAAAGGCUUGUGGUGGAUUAGGGAGAGUUGGUUAUGGCCAAUUGAUUCAUACCCAAUUGAUAAAAACUGGGUUUGUAUUGGAUGUUGUUGUCGCUAGCUCUCUAGUGGGGAUGUACGCAAAGUGCAAAAGGUUUGACUAUGGGAUUAAAGUGUUUGAUGAAAUGUCUGUGAGAGAUGUUGCAAGUUGGAAUACUGUUAUUUCUUGUUAUUACCAAGAGGGUCAAGCUGAGAAAGCGUUGGAGUUGUUUGGGAAGAUGAGGGAUUCUGGGUUUGAGCCCAAUUCGGUGACGUUAACGAUGGUUAUUUCAUCGUGUGCAAGGCUUUUUGAUUUGGAAAGAGGGAAGGAGAUUCAUGAGAAAUUUGUGAAAGAAGGGAUUGCUUUUGAUAGUUAUGUUGGUUCUGCUCUUGUGGACAUGUAUGGCAAAUGUGGUUGUUUGGAGAUGGCUAGAGAGGUUUUUGAUCAAAUGCCAGUGAAAAAUGUUGUUGCUUGGAAUGCGUUGAUAGCAGGAUACAGUUCAAAAGGUGAUAGCAAAUCAUGCAUUGAGCUUUUUAGGAGGAUGAAUGAGGAAGGAGUUAAGCCAACUCUUACUACAAUGAGUUGCAUAUUAAUGUCUUGUUCUAGAUCAGCCAAACUUGAACAUGGUAAAUUCGUACACGGAUAUUUAAUAAGAAACAGAAUACAUGCUGAUAUUUUUAUAAAUAGCUCACUUAUCGAUCUUUAUUUUAAAUGUGGAAGUGUUAGCUCAGCUGAAAAUGUCUUUGAUAAGAUGAGCAAGACAAAUGUCGUUUCUUGGAAUGUUAUGAUCUCAGGCUAUGUGACUGUUGGUGAUUAUUUUAAAGCCCUUGCUCUCUAUGGUGACAUGAAAGAAAGUGGUGUAAAACCAGAUGCUAUAACAUUCACUAGUGUUUUACCAGCUUGUUCACAGUUAGCAGCCUUAGAAAAGGGAAAAGAGAUCCACAAGUAUAUUGCUGAGAGUGGGCUAGAAGCCAAUGAAAUAGUCAUGGGGGCUCUCCUCGACAUGUAUGCUAAAUGUGGUGCUGUGGAUGAAGCGAUUAGUGUAUUUAAUCAAUUACCUGAGACAGAUCUUGUGUCAUGGACUUCUAUGAUCACUGCUUAUGGGUCUCAUGGUCAAGUUUUAGAGGCUUUGAAGCUUUUUGAUGAAAUGCAGAAAUCCAACGCAAUACCAGACAGUGUCACUUUCCUUGCAGUUUUAUCAGCUUGUAGCCAUGCUGGAUUGGUUGAUGAAGGUCGUAAUUAUUUCAGUCAAAUGACCUCUGAGUAUAAUAUUAAGCCUAGAAUUGAACACUACUCCUGCUUGAUUGAUCUUCUUGGACGUGCUGGAAGAUUACAUGAAGCUUACCAAAUUCUAAAAAGCACAUCAGAGAUUAAGGAGGAUGUCGGGCUGUUAAGCACACUAUUUUCUGCAUGCCAUCUGCAUCAAGAUACAGAACUGGGAGAGAAGAUUGCAAAAUUGCUCAUUGAGAAGGACUCUGAUGAUCCAUCAACUUAUAUUGUCUUGUCAAACAUGUAUGCAUCUGUCAAGAAAUGGGAUGAAGUACGAAAGGUAAGAUUAAAAAUGAAAGAGCUUGGUUUGAAGAAGAACCCUGGUUGUAGCUGGAUUGAGAUUGGGAAAAGGAUUCAGCCUUUCUAUGUAGAAGAUAAGACACAUCCACAAGCAGAGAUGGUAUAUGAAUGUCUUAUGAUUUUGGCAAGUCACAUGGAGAAAGAUGAGUUGCAGCCCUCUUAGAAGUCAGCUAGAAAAUCCACUAUCUAUCAGCACAAUUUGGUUUUCACAUAGGAAAAGGCUCCUUGAGGAAGAUGGUUGACAUGAAAGUUGUGUCAAGAAUUCUAAGGACACGAUUUAAAUAGGGGCAAAUACAGGAAUGCAAAAACUCUCGGAGCAUUUGAUCCACCUUCUAAAGUUUAGUCUGCACGAGGGGCAGAAAAUGAGCACCUGAACUCAUGUCAAUGACAACACCUAAAUUGAAGUUCAAUAAGGAAAGCAUUAUAUAUGAGAGUAUGAUAUAGUAUGUUCGAGUCAUCCCCCUAUUUGAUUGAUUAAAGCUGGAAAUAACGCCCACUAAAGUACAGUCAAGCGAAUGCUUCCCCCAAACAAACCAUUAAAGGAAAGGCUCAACAAAGGGAGAUUCUGUCUGAAAACCAGGAAUCCUGAAGAAAAUGGACUUAUUCUUGAAUGGUUUCCUUCAUUUUCCCGAAAAAUCUUACCAAGUAAUUUGUUAAGAAAUUUUAAUGUUUUUUGUAAAGCUGCAAAUGAUAC